AUGAAGAUAAUUCUUCAAGAUGGCCGCACAUUUGUUGGAUUCUUCAAGGCUUUUGACAAACACAUGAAUCUUUUACUUGCUGAGUGUGAAGAGCACAGACAGAUAAAGCCAAAAGUAGGAAAGAAGUCUGACGGCGAAGAAAAGCGUAUUCUUGGGCUUGUGUUAGUACGCGGUGAACAUAUUGUCUCAAUGACUGUCGAUGGACCACCACCAAGAGAUGAGGAUUCGAUCAGACUUCCAAAGGCUGGCGGAGUUGGUGGUGUUGGUCAAGCAAAGCCUGCUGGUCGUGGAAUGCCAGCAAUGCCACCAGGUGUCGGAGGACUCGGAGGACCAGUUCGGGGAGUUGGUGGUCCGUCAAUGGGUGCAAUGCAACCCGGUUUUGGCGCUCCACGUUUCUAA